AUGCAGGUAGUGGUGCUAUUGACUUGUCUGACCUUAUGUACGGCUCGGUCAACCGGAGACGUUGGAUCAGAAGCCGGAAUCGGGCUGCGGCUGCCGUUUUUAGGUAAAAUCACACUCGACUUGGGAACCGGUUUAGGAUUUAACGAGGGUCUCUUCGGUCUUGGCAAGAUGAUGAUUGGCAAGAGGGUAGGUUCGAUGGUUUUAAGAAACGUGAAUGGACGUAAUGCUGCUGGUGGAAAAUCUGGAAACGGAGAAGUAAAGAACAGCGAUGCUUUGGUAGGUGUGUUUCUUAAAUUCUAA